AUGAGCUCCGAUCCCGCGCCUCAAAAGCCAGCGGGAGGUUUGUCACUCUACGCCAAUCUGUUAGAUGCGUCCGCAGACAGUCCCCCCGGAACGAUCUCUCGUGCGCCUGUUGUCUUCAGACAAGGUGCUGAGGCCGAAGCCCAAUCCGAUGACUCAGCUGCCAAAAAGCAGCAACUCAGUGCCGCUUCUCUCCGAUUUCAACCUACCAGACGGCCGCAACUUGCCACUCAGAAACAGAAACCCAAACCCACACUACCUAAGGCUCCUCUUGCUGCCACGCAGGCCGCCACAUCGGUCAAAACCACUCUGGCAGACUGGGCGGCUACCGAAGAAGAUGAUGUCAAUGGCUUUUAUGCCGGGCCGAAGAGACAGCGUGGUGGUCGUAAGAAGCGCAAGAAGAACCGGGAAGUACAGGAAUUCAUACAGAACUGGGAUGAUAUCUACGAUCCGUCUCGACCGAACAACUAUGAAGAGUACAAGCAUAGCGACGAGCAAAUAGCCGAAAUUCGAGAGUGGAAAGACCGCCUAUACGCACAUCGCAUGGCAAGAUCGCCCAGCAGGGAGUCAUACAGCGAUGAUGAUGAAUAUGCCCGGCCGAGAAACCGUCAAUUCGCGCCCCCCGGCAGUUUUGCACCGCCGCCAGGGCCCAACAUUGUUCCUCCUGGGCCACCUGCGGACCCUUCACCCAGUGGAGAACCGACUGAAAUCCAGAACGACAUAUCAAAGGGAGAGAUCUCUCCACCCUCGCCAUUACAUGAGCCACCAGCCCAAGUUCCGGACGACCCCACAGGCGAGGAUGCUUAUUUGCGGAGACUACAGAUGUCGACUGCAGGCAGUGCAACACUGCUCACGCCGCCGCCCCAGUCGCGGCCUCUAGAUGUCUUACAGCCAGCUUCAGCGACUAUAUCUCGCGCACCGGUCCGAUAUAAAUUACCUCCCCCUCCAGAAGAUAUACCUGCUUCGGAGGCGGAGCUCGAGGAAGUGUUCGCCAAGGAGCAGCCAGUUGAUGGAGACGCAGGAGACGAUGGUCAGCGCUCCCUUCGUCCGGGCCAGAAGGGCUUCGCUGAACGACUCAUGGCCAAGUAUGGCUGGACCAAGGGCUCCGGCCUCGGAGCCACAGGGUCAGGAAUUGUUAAGCCAUUGCAGGUCAAGGUUGAGAAGCAGAAGAAACGGCCCGACUCAGAAGGAGGCGGCUUUGUGACGCCUGCUGGACGGGGUAAGGUCAUCGGCGGUGCAAGGAAAAACGAAGAGGAAGGCAAAUUUGGCUCAAUGAGUGAAGUCAUUGUCCUCAAGGGUAUGCUUGAUGGGAUGGACCUUGAGACCGAAUUGGCUGGAGAUGAAGAAAGCGGAGGCCUUAUGCAGGAGAUCGGAGAAGAAUGCUCCGACAAGUACGGCCGUGUCGAGCGAGUCUAUAUCCCACGAGAGCUUAACCCCCCUGUUCCAGUUUUUGUCAAAUUUACCAAUCAGCUCUCGGCACUCCGGGCCGUCAAUGCUCUUGAGGGUCGGAUAUUUAAUGGGAACGCUAUCACUGCGCGGUUCUACGACACGCAGAAGUUCGAGGAAGAGGACUAUGAUGCUUAA